AUGGCUGCCUCAAACUCUAGCAAACACGCCCCUUCCAUUUCCGAGACCCACCGCCCUUGCGCCCCACUCAGCCCAUACCAUGACCUGAGCUGCCCGGGAAAUCACCGCAUCCGCACGCCCUACAACGAAGACUGCGGCCCAAACUGCAAGACCCCCUACGUAUCUUCAUCGCAAACAGAGACCUCCUUGCUCUCGGAAUGCGCCUUCGUCUGCCCCGUCUGCUUCGCCGCCGAACUAAAAGCACACAUUGCAGAGAAAGGCGUCAAAGAAAAGAACAGCGAUCAAGUCAUGGACCCUUCGGUUCGCGAGGGGAGAAUUCGCGAGAUGACCCAGGAGAAGAUUGGAGAGUUGAUCGCAGCAGGUCAUAGGAUCUGCGAGGAAGCGCCGAAAGUGGAUCCCGUGCUGCAGUUCUAUAACGAGUUCCCGGAGGCGCAGGAGGGUGGAGGCUUCUUGCAGAGUCCGCAGAAGCCAGCGAGGAAUGAUGACGGAGAAGUAGCGCCGAUAUUGGGCAGUAAGGAGCUCUUUAAACGACCAUCAGCGCAGAGGACUAGGUAUAGAGAGCGGAGUCAAGGCCGGACUGCGGGUCGGGAUCGAAGUCGUUCACCUACUGCGGCCGGUGGGGAUGAGCGUGACGGUGACGAAGCCAACCUACGUGGGCGACCUGAGGCCCCCGCUCUAAGCUACGAAGGAGACUCUAUGGAUGACCUAGCUGGGCAUCUGGGCGAUACAAAGGUUGGGUUGGAGAAGGAGGACGAGGCGACUAAGGCUGUUCGAGAAGUGCUGGGGUCGUUGGUGUUGGAUGAGAAGGAGAAAAGGGAGGCCGCCGAGGGGACCGCGAAUGAGGUCCCGCGCGCUGUGAGGAAAGGAGUUGACGAGGCGCAGAAGUAAGCCGCGAGAACGGGAAAGUAUAUGGCAUGAUGAAAACCGUGGUGAUGGCGUGAAUAAGGGAGACGAAUUCCCAUAUCGUGCAGCGUCACUAGACCGUAGCAGAUCCCGCGAGAUGCUGUCGUGUUAGUCAU